AUGAAAUGCAACAGCAAAAAAACCCGUAUUGAAGACCUUGAGAACACAAUCGAUGAAUUGGUAACACUGAACGAACAUUCUAAUCAUGAAGGCACACCGAACGAUGAUACUGCCGUUCUUUCCGGUCCACCGAAUGAACACCAAGUAGUCAAGAAUUUCGUGAGACGUGGUGUUAGACCUAAUCGACAGGCGGAGCUUGGAACGGAAGUGGCAUUCCUAGCCACCACGGGAAGCCAUAACGUUCAUUCAGGUCAAAACCAACCUCUCAUCUUUGAACGAGUUGUCACAGACAUUGGAAACGCCCAUAACCCACACUUCGGCACCUUUAUCGCUCCAAUAGAUGGAGUGUAUUCAUUCUCGGUAACUCUGCUCAGCGAAAGCGGUUUCAUUUCGCACUACUACAUCUACAAGAAUAACACGGCCAUAUGUCACCUCACUCUCUAUCACCCGUCGUCCGAAACGUACACAUCCAUGUCUCAGAUUGCAGUCCUGCAGCUGAAAAAAGGCGAUGAUGUUUCUGUAAGAAACCAGGAUGCAGACAAAACAACGUACGGGGACAACUACAGCACAUUCUCUGGCUUCAUCCUCUGGAAGACACAUGACAACCCUGAAGUCGUUGGCAAGAAAUGA